AUGCCUUCAGGUGUCCCCGGGCAGAGGCUCGUCAUUAAGAGUGACUUCACUGUGGGCCGAGGGAAGCCCCAGACUAAGUGGUGUGAGUUCCUCACAGACAUCACUCUGAUCAUCCAUGCACGUGAACACGGAGGCCCUGAGCGGAUAGCGAGGCUCUGCACCUCCCGCCAUGAGAGGAGAGGCUCCGUCUUCAUCGUGCCGGGGACGUUUGAGGAGCUGGACAAGCUGGUGGAGAAGGUUUUGGCAGCAGACCCUCGCCCCCCGUCCCCCGUGCUCCCGCCGAGUCAGCGCGCCCCGGCCCCCGUCCAGCCCCUGACCGUGUCCAGGCUGGUUCUGGACUACAUCCAGAAGAAAUGUGCAGAUAAACUCCAGCGGAUCCAGGGCGACUGUGUUCUGGAGGAGCUGCCGCCAGACGCCGGCGCGGUGCAGGCCGGAGCCCCCGGAGCCCCCGGGGCCCCCGGCACGGUCCGGGUGACCUUCAGACCCCCGCGGGGAUCUUCAUCUCCCCCUGCGUUUGUGAGACAGAGAUUCAUCACCUUCUACCAGAGAACUGCGUCGGACCUGCAGGUCCUCCGUCUGAGGACCGGGGGGCUCCCGGACCUGAGCAGCAGGUUCCCCCUCCUCCUCGUUCAGUAUCCCCCAGGAGGUGGUGCCACCGUCACAGGGCCGUUCGCACACGUCGCUCAACUCAAGCAGCUUCUUUCCCAGAAGUCCAGUUCAACCAAAAGCCCUCGGCCCGCAGUGGUACCGAGCAGAGACCUGCCGGGUCCUGCAGCACAGCCAGAGCAGCAGCCUGAUAACGAGUCGUGUCCCAUCUGUAUGGAGCCAAUACAAGCCCGAGACAAGAAGACGCUGCGGUGCACACAUUCCUUCUGCAGGGACUGCCUGAGAACCGCCUUCGACUACAAGCCCGUGUGUCCCAUCUGUGGAGAGGUGUACGGCACGCUGAGGGGGACGCAGCCCCACGGGGGCACCAUGGACGUCCGCCUAGCGUCUUCACCUCUACCCGGAUACGAGAAGUGGAAAACCAUAGUCAUCCAUUACCACAUCCCCAGCGGCAUUCAGAAGGAGGAACAUCCCAGCCCCGGCCAGCCGUUCGAGGGCGUGUCCCGGACAGCCUACCUGCCAGACAACGCCGAGGGCAACGCCGUCCUGAGGCUGCUGAGGCGAGCGUUUGACCAGAGGCUCGUCUUCACCAUCGGCCGCUCCACCACCAGCGGCAGGAACAACAUGGUCACCUGGAACGAUAUUCACCACAAGACCUCCACACACGGAGGACCCUCACACUACGGAUACCCAGACCCGGAUUACCUCCGCCGGCUCAGGGACGAGCUCAAGGUCAAAGGGAUUGAAUGAGUCGCAGGAAGGUUCGUCAACUCAUGAGUGGCCACCGUUUCAUGAUUUUUUUUAAUUU